AUAUAAUAUAUAUAAUAUCAUUCUGUUAAUUAUUGUUAUUCAACACCACGGACUGUAGUAGCAGUAGUAGUAGUUGUCAGUUGACAGUCCGUCGUUGGUAUACUAAACUUGUCUAGUUGCCUAUGGUCCGUCGUCCGUGUUCAACACUCAACAGACAUUCGACAUUCUAGUGGGCAAUAGCCAUAGCCAAUAAGCAUCUUUCUGUAAUCUGUAUGCUUGUCGCCGUCGCGUGAAGACAAUCAAGACAUAAGAGUUUGGUUUUGGUAUUGGCCUUUAAACAGUUUAAACACUGAUAUCUUUUAAAAUAUAUCAUUUAACAUGACAACUGCUGCUCGACCGACUUUUGAACCAGCCCGCGGUGGCCAGGGUCGUGGAGAAAAUGAUCUCAGUGCCUUGUCUGUGCAAUAUUCCAGCAGAGAUUUACCAUCACACACCAAGUUAAAAUAYAGGGAGCCUGGACAGGGCACAACUGAAGAGCUCCAAAAGCAAGAUUUUGCCAAAGUACUUGAAGAAAAAGAAAAAAAUGUGRCGACUAAAGCAAUAGGAGGUGAACCUCCACAGAAAAAAAUUCGCCCUGAACAUGUUCCAAUUGCAACAUUGGAUGUUGACGAUCCACUAGAUUUAGAUGCAUCAGAUGAUGACGAUAGUGAAGAUGAUGCUGAAGAAUUAAUGUUAGAAUUGCAAAAAAUUAAAAAAGAAAGAAUGGCUGAAGAAGCUCGUAUGGAAGCAGAUAAACGUGAAGCUGAGGAACAGAUUAGAAUUCAAAAUAUUCUUCAAGGAAAUCCGUUACUAAGCUAUGGAGGAGGAUCAGUAGUACCAAAAAUUAACCAAAAAGUCAAGAGACGCUGGAAUGACGAUGUGGUAUUUAAAAAUUGUGCUCGCACAGAACCAGAAAAGAACACUACAUUCAUAAAUGAUUGCAUACGUUCAGAUUUUCAUAGAAAAUUUAUGGAUAAAUAUAUUAAAUAAUUUCAAUAAUGUUUUUAAAAUGGUAUAAAAUUAGGUUAAUUAUUA